CGCGCGUAUAAAGUAAGAACAACAUUGACAGACGAAACAUGCUGUCUUUGAUACGACAUUCAUCAAAAUUUCUCUGUGAUCAUUUACUGCGACCAGUAGGAUGUAGAUUUUACCGAGUUCCUAUUGUCAUAGAGAAGGGGGACGGAGGAGAGAGGGCGUAUGACAUUUACUCCAGACUCUUGAUCAGCAGGAUAGUGUGUGUCUUUGGUCCAGUGACAGAAGAAAUGGCAUCAGCUGUGGUGGCCCAACUUCUCUUCCUUCAGUUUCAAAACUCCAAGGAGCCCAUCCACAUGUACAUUAAUUCCCCUGGGGGGAUCGUGACACAAGGGCUGGGGAUUUAUGACACAAUGCAGUAUAUCUCCCCUCCAGUGGCUACCUGGUGUUUGGGGCAGGCCUGCAGUAUGGGAGCCUUCCUGUUGGCAGCAGGUGCCCCAGGAAUGAGGAAAGCUCUCCCGAACUCCACAAUAAUGGUUCAUCAGCCUUCAGGAGGUGCUGGGGGACAAGUGACAGAUAUACAAAUACAGGCAGAACAUUUACAGAAAGUCAAACGUAGACUGAAUGAGCUGUAUGUCCACCACACAAAGAUGCCAUAUGAAACCAUGGAACAAAUAAUGGAACGAGACAAGUAUUUAACUCCACAAGAAGCCAAGGAAUAUGGACUUAUAGACCAUGUGCAAGAAAUAACAGAUAUACCAAGCCCCAACAACUCCUAGCAAGAA